AUGGUUCACUUAAUAAAUAUUGUAUUGUUCACUGUGUUUAGUGGAAGCGUUUACGCUGUUAUACCUGAUUACAUUAAAGUUUGCAAGCGUGAACAAAGCACUAUCAAUGAGUGCGUUAAGAAUUCAAUCUACAGCAUCCGACCAAACCUCAUCGCUGGCAUACCAGAGUUGAACGUACCACCUCUAGAACCUUUUUACAUACCCGAGAUCGUCGCUGUCAGCGGGGACUUGCUUCCAUUGAAAGCAUCUGGUAAAGAUGUUAGGGUAUCUGGCGCUGGGAACUUUACUAUAAAGAGUAUUGAUGUCGACGUAGAUACUCUCUUGAUUCGGGGUAAAGUACGUUUCCCACGCCUGCAUCUGGACGGUCGCUACAACCUCGACACUCAGAUACUCAUCGUGCCUUUGAGAGGAGAAGGGAAUCUGGUGGCUGACGCUAUAAAAUGCGACGCUGACGUAGUUCUGAAGACAGAGAUCUACAUGAGGGAUGGAGUGCAAUACUUGAAGUUCACCAGUCUCACUGUGGACAUCGUCAUCAAGGAUUACCGUAUCAGGCUCGAUGGACUUUUCAAUGGAAACAAGGCUCUAGGAGAUGCAACCAAUGAAGCCAUAAACCAAAACAGAGGAGAAUUCUUGAAGACAAUGCAGCCUUACAUAGAGAAAACAGUCGCCAAGAUAUUAUUAGACGCGGCAAACAAGAUAGUAUACAACCUUCCAUUAGACGAAAUGUUACCUAAAGCUUAG